AUGAUCGCAUCGCCGCUCUUCUGGGAAUGGUUCAACAUUUGGCUGGCGCAAUUUCUGAAGGAUCUGUAUCAUGAAAUCAAAAUGGUCGCACUAAGGGGCAACGGGUACGUUUCGCACGGUGUGCAGUCGGAGCACUACGCGUCGACCAAUAAUGGUAUCGGGAACGGUAACGGCGGCGGCGGCAUGGGCGGCGGCCAACGCGUCCCAAUGCACUACAUGCAGCAGAGUAGCAAGCACGAGCCGUCGCGCUACGGCAACUGCGUGCCCACCAACAACAACUACAGGCUACUGACGCAGUCCCCGCUGGCCAGUUAUCCGCGGGCGUCGACGCCACACAGGGCGGAAUGCUACCAUCCGUCGGGGGCCGGUGGCGGCGGGUUCAUGGCCGGCGGGGCCGCCGCGCAGCAGAGCCUGCGCGCCCAGCCGGCACCGCAGCCGUCCGCGCCGCCAGCGCCCCAGCAGGACAUGUCCAAAUCGAGCAUGGGCGGCCACAGUUACGUGUCGCAGCAAAGCCAGAGCCCGCAGGCGCGGCCCCAGUACCCGAACUUCCCCUACAGGGCGCAGCACGGCACCAGGCCAACGACGCACCCCAGACAACAGCAGCCUUAUCUGGGCAGCGCUGGCAGUGGCUCAGCCGGCCCGGUGGUGUACCACCACCCCACGCUCCUGUUCCAGCCGCACAUGGGGCUGCCGCAGUCCUACCCGCAGCCGCGCUCCACCACCAGCGGAUUCUAUCCGUAUAUGACACCGUACCUGGGUUAUAGUACUCCAGCGAGUCACACACCACCAUCGCACGCCCCACCGCCGCCCCACAUGCACCCACCGAUGAGCGGUAUACGCCCCACCCCUACAAAACGAAGCCACAGAGUUCCCAUUAUAGACCCAGCCACUAAACAAGAAGUUCUUUCGGAAUUGUACAAUAACGACAAUACGUAUUACGUUGGCGUUGAAACAAACGAGAGGCAAACUCCGCAACCGGAGCCGCCGACGCACAGCAUCGCCGAGGAGUUCUCGAGGCUGGUGAACGAGUCGAUAGCGAACGAGCCGCCCAAGCACCACCACUACGGCCAGAAGCCGUGCGAGCUGAUCGCCCACCAGCCGCUGCUAGUGCAGCAGCCGCAGUCGCAGCCGCAGCCGCAGCCGAGCGCGUUCGCCCACGCGGCCGGCAGCGGCCCACCGAAGGCCGACGCGCCGGGCGCCAACGAGGCCAAAGCGCCGAGCGCCGCCAUCGAGAUCGUCGCCCCGCCCCCCGAAACGCCCGUAGUGUCCGCCAUCUCGGAUAGCCCCGUAAUAGUGCCGAAGAUCGUCGCCGCGGCGCCCAAACAGCAGCAGAAGGGCGCCGGCGAGGUUGUCCACGCGACGGACGCGGGCAGGCCGUCGGCGGCCGUCUACAAGCACCAGCAGCACGCCAAGCCGAAGGGGAGGACGACCGCACCGCAGAUGGAGGACUUCGUGGCCGAGGGCAUUGCGCACAUCGCCCUUGCGCCUGCGGCACCAGCGCCGAUGGAGUACGCGCCGCCAGCGGAAUUCACCGCUCCCGCUCCCGCUUCCGCGCUCGCGCCCGCCCCCGCGCCCGCUCUCGCUUUCGCCCCCGGCGCCGCGCCCGUCCCCGCCCCCGCCCCCGUUCCCGUCGCAGCCGCCGCGCAGAUGCACCACGCGUACGCGCACCCGUCCGCCAUGAUGAACGCGUUCGCGCUCGCGCCGCAGCCGCAGCGGAUACGCGAGCCCCGCGAGAGGCCCCGCUCCGAGGAGAAGGAGAGGAGGGAGACGAGGGAGAGGGAGGCGCAGAUGCUGGAGAGGGAGCUGGCGUCGGUCAAGCAGAACGGCCCCACGCCGCUCGUGAGUUCUGUUGAUAGUAUACCAGAAAUUAUCAAUCCUGCAACUAGUCAAGUAAAUCAAGCAAUCCUAACAGAAACAAAAGCAUCCAUAAUAACUAAGCAAUCUUCAUCAGCCCCAAAUCCACAAGUGCCUGCACCUGAAACGAAAGUAGAAAUAUUUAAUAAUAAAGAGCUAACAACAUUCCCCGAGACACCAUUACUCACUGCCACAGAAUUGCUCUCUGCAAGCAUUGAAAAACUUGCUAAAGAGUCAGCUUCCAUAACUACUAGCGAAACAAAAGAAGCAUCAAGUGCAAUAGAAGCACAAACCAAAUUAACUCAAAGUAUAGCACGCGCUCAUCCUGAAUUCAAAAUGAAAGAUAUUAAUCUAAAUAUUCAGUCUACAGAUCCAGACACUGCCAAUGGUAACGUAACAGAAGUGUCGCAAACGAAAACCGAGUCUGUUAUGGAAGAUAUUAACAGGAAUGAAAAAGUCAUAAAAAAUUCCAAGAGCAACAAGAAAUCAAAUAAUAAAAUGGCAAACAAUGAAACAAAUUCUAAAGAAACCGAAUCAAACGAAAAUGGUAAAGAUGAGACUGAUAAAGUAAGUAACGAACAGGAACAAGUCCUGUCUAAGACUGAUGAGGCGGCGGAGAAAGUGCCCCUUGUGGAGAAACCAGAGUCCACGCCAGCGCCGGCACCCGCGCCUGCCGUCUAUGUACCUAAAUACAAAUAUAAUGAUGAUCAAUGGUCGCCAAUGAACAGGUCUGGCAAAAAGUGCUACGAUAUUGGCUUGUUAAUGCAAAUAAAGGAAGACCCAAUGUCCAAGACCAAACCUAAUGCGCCCCUCUUGGAAGCCUGUAAUGUCAUUAGGACGACGCCCCACCAGGAGCCGCAGCCCUUCAACCCGAUCUCGAGGCCGGUCAACGACUCUCUGUUCCCGAACUUCGCCAAAAACUCUGGAAUCGCCACGAGGAGUAACGUGCCCCGCGACCAGAAGAAAGAUGGAAGGAACAUGGCCUCGAGUAGCAAGGGCAGCGUGAAACUCGCCCCGGCUCCCAGCGGCGGCAGCUCGCACAAGAACGUGAUACGCGUUUCCCUUACCAGGGAGGAGGUCAAACUCAACCAGACCAAGGAUGCGUGGAAGCCGACCAGGCUGAAGAAUGCCAAUAUAAGCGAGGAGGAGUUCAAGACUCAGGAGUUGUACAAGAAGUUCAGAGGCAUCCUAAACAAACUGACGCCGCAAAAGUUCGACACACUGAUGGAGAAGGUCAAGACGCUAGAGAUCAACAACCAGAGCCGUUUGGAGGGCAUCAUCGAUUUGGUGUUCGAGAAGGCAAUCGACGAGCCCAACUUCUCUGAGGCCUACGCCAACAUGUGCAACAAACUCACCACUAUCAAGGUGCCGGCGAACAACGCGGCCCCCGACCAGUAUGUGAACUUCCGCGCCCUCAUCAUCAGCAAGUGCCAGAACCAGUUCGUCACGGAGAAGGUGGACGAGGACAUUCUCAAGCUCGAGAAGGAGAUGAACGAAUGCACAGACCCCGUCAAGAAGAAGGAGCUGCAGCUUCUCUUGGAGGAGGAGAAUAGGAAGAUGAGGAUGAGGUCCGUCGGCAACGUGCGGUUCAUAGGCGAGCUGUACAAGCUGAAAAUGCUCACGUCGAGAAUUAUGGUCUUUUGUAUGAACUAUCUUGUGGAGAAACUCGAGGAGGAGAAACUGGAGUGCCUAUGCAAGUUGCUCACGACCAUCGGGGAACAGUUGGAGAGCGAGGUCCGCGAGCAGCUGGAGUUGGUGUUCAAGCAGAUGCAGGAGAUCGUGGAGAAGAAGUCUAACAAGAUUAGCAGUCGUGUGCGCUUUAUGAUAAAGGACGUGAUCGAGCUACGGCAGAGGGGCUGGCUGGUCAAGAGCGUGGUUGACUCGCAGCCAAAGAUGAUGGAUCAGAUCCAGAAGGAGGCCGAGCAGCAGCAACGCCAUAUUGAGUUGAUGAACGCAUCGCCCAUGGGCGGCUACGGGCGCCGCGACGAUGGCGGACGGGGCAAGCGCGGUGGUGAUGGACGCCGCCAAGGGAACAACUUCAUGGACAACAAUUGGAAGACGUCGCGACCCAACUACACAGUGGACAUGCUCAAGCUCAAGGCCGGCACCCAGAAGAAUCUAAGCAACAUUAAGCUGGCGCCCCAGCACUCUGUUUGGAACCAUGGAUCGGGCACCAAGAACCCGCCUCAGGCUACCAGCAAUUCUAUGAUCAGUCUGACCAAGAACCAAUACAGUAUGCUCGAGAAUUCAUCAACAGAUCCUACUUCUCUAAGAGGAAAUCAAGAUUUAUCAUCGGGCUAUUCUAAGGGUGCUUCUAUAGAGAGACUCCGGCAGCGGCGGCCGCUCGGGCAGCAGCAGCGGCGGCGCGGUGCCCCGCUCGACGUCGAGCGGGCGCGGCGCCCCCUCGCCGCCUGCGCCGCUCGCCGCGCCCGCGCCCCCCCCGCCCCGCCGCCGGCCGCCCCCGCCGAGCCGCUGCCCGAGCCGAAGAAGAAGUCCGUCAAGUCGAUGAUCGACCUGAGCCUCAUAAACCCCGACAACGACGAGGUGGUGGCCGACGUGCGCCAGCUGUUCCCGCCGCAGUACCACGCCGCCGUCAUCACGGAGAUCAUAAACGUCGUGCUGGAGAAAUCAGCGAAAGAAAUCGCAAUUGUGGCAAAGACAGUGCUUCAUUUGGUGUCGACCAACACCAUAUCGGCAGAGAACUUCCUCGCGGGCAUGGCUGAGAUAUUCGAGUUUGCCCCCGAGCUGUUCAUCGACAUACCCAUGCUGUACGACUACUUAAGCAAAUUUAUUACGCCCCAAAUCGAGAAGAAGCAUAUCACAUUCAUCCAGACAUUUAGACUCUGUGAGAAAUCGGUUAUACCAGAGAAUCACGGCCAUUUGUUCUUAAAAGCGGUGAUCAAUGAUCUGAAGGAGAGUAUGGGACCCUCAUUUGUUAAGAGCAAAUGGCAGGAGUCUGGUCUGAGGUUACAGCAAUGGAUGAAUGAAGAACAGGUAACAAAGUGGGUAGAAGACAAUAAAUUUGAAUUUUUGGAUGGUGCCAAGACUAGCGAAGAGACUAAGAAGAUUUUGACACCGGCAGAGGUUCAAAGCAAACUUUUGGAAUUAAUGAACUCUGAUGAGACAUGCGAAUGUGUCCGGGGCUGGGUUCAGGACAACGUGGGCGCUUCGUGCGAGGAGGAGUGGUUCACGAGGGCGCUGAUGCAGGCGGUGUGCACCCACGCGCUGGUGGGCGGCGAGGGCGCGUGGCACCUGUCGCGCGAGCGGAUGGACAAGUAUGCGCGGCUGCUGCACGAGCUGGCCGCCGCCCAGUGCACCAAGCGCGAGCUGAGCUGCCUCUUCGCCGUGCAGCAUCUGGUGCACCGUCUGGAGCACCCGCAAGGCUUAACUUUGGCCAUAUUCCAGUACUUGCAUGAGCAGUACAUUAUCUCCGUGGAAGGAUUUAUUGCGUGGGAGACAACAGAUAAGGAGCCCGAGGGCAAAGCCGUGAUGCUGAAGGCGCUCACGUCGUUCUUCACGAACAUCCGGGAGGCGGACAACGAGGACUCUUGUAGCGAGGAA